CAUAGUUGAAAAACUAUUAUCAAAAGGAAGCGAUGAAGAUGAAAGAGAAGCAGUGUUGCAAACCUCUCUCUCUCUCUCUCUCGUUUGAGUUGAAUCGAAGCUAAGGAAAAGAGAAAUGGCUGCUGCUGCUGCUGGUGUUUUGGUGGGAAAAGCGUUACUCUCAGCUGUUGUGUCAGAUUUGGUUGGGAAGAUCUCCACUGUGAUAUCGGAGUUCUAUCGGAGCAAGAAGAACCUUGAUGAAUCUUUGCUGGCGAAGCUGAAUCUGACGCUGCUGAGUCUUCAUGCAUUUAUGGAUGAUGCGGAGGAGAAGCAGAUCAGCAACGCUGCCGUGAAGGCAUGGAUGGAUGAGUUGACGCAAGCUCUCUUUGAUGCUGAUGACGUCAUCGACGACAUCGCCACCGAAGCUCUCCGUCGUAAAGUCGAAGCCCGCCAUCGAACUCUUCCUGGCAAGGUGCGGAAGGUCCUUACCACUCCUUUCAAGCAGCCUUAUAGAGAGAUCAAUUCUGAGAUGCAGAAAUUGUUUGAGAGAUUAGAGCAUUUUGCACAAAGAGCACACAACCUUCCAUUGGAAAGAGGUGUUUCUGAGAGUGUUUGGCGUGCAACACCUACAAAUUCUGCAGUGGAUGAAACUUUUAUUUGUGGGAGAGAUGAUGAAAAACAAAAUCUUAAAAAGUAUUUGUUGUCAGAAGAUGUUUCUGUUGGUGGCAAUAAAAUUGGAGUGCUUGCUAUUGUUGGCAUGGGAGGGCUUGGGAAAACAACCCUUGCUAAACUCCUAUAUAACGAUGUUGAAGUUAAAGAGAAGUUUGAGGUGAAAGCUUGGGCAUCUGUCACAAAAGAUUUUGAUGUUGUCAAGUUGACAAAAUCUCUUAUUGAAUCUGUCACAUCUGCACCAACAAAUAUUGAUAACUUUGAUACUUUGCGAGCAGAGUUGCAAAAGAACUUGUCGGGUAAAAGAUAUCUGCUUGUGUUGGAUGAUAUAUGGAAUGCAGGGUAUGUUGAUUGGACCAAUCUGAUGCACGUUCUUAAUGUUGGAGAAUCAGGAAGUAAAAUCAUUGUUACAACACGACAUCAAAGUGUUGUGGAUAUUGUAAAAGCUAUGUGCACCUGCUCUCUGAAACCAUUGGCCAAUGAAGAUUGUUGGAUUUUGCUUUCCAAACAUGCCUUUGGUGUACAUCAAUGCACUAAAGAGUCCAACCUAGAAGAAAUUGGAAGAAAAAUUGCGAAAAAGUGUGACGGCUUGCCAUUAGCUGCGGUUGCGUUAGGGGGUCUUCUUGGCACAAACUUAUCAGUCGAAUACUGGAAUAAAGUGUUAACGAGCAACAUUUGGCAUCUGACAGCAAAGGACGUGCAACCUGCUUUGCUAUUGAGCUAUCAUUUCCUUCCAGCUUCUUUGAAACAAUGCUUUGCUUAUUGUGCAAUUUUCCCAAAGAACUCAGAGCUGCACAAAGAGAAGUUAGUUCAGCUAUGGAUGGCACAGGGAUUUGUUUAUGUGUCCCAAAAUGAGAAAAGCAUUGAAGAAGUAGGCGGUGAAUACUUUGAUGAACUAGUGGCAAGGUCAUUGAUACUACGUUCUGCGGGUGGGGAACACUUUGAAAUGCAUGACCUCAUCAACGAUUUGGCAACCAUGGUUUCUUCCCCAUAUUGUAAGAGGCAUGACAAUGAAAUGCAACUUGGAAAUCUAAACGAAAUUCGUCAUUUAUCUUAUGAUAAAACUAUGUUUAACCAUUUUGGCGAACUUGAUUCCGUUCAUGCAUUGAAAGGCUUACGUACACUCAUAGCAUUACCAGUUGAUGAUCGGGACUGGAAGCAUUACCUAGCGAAUGGGGUAUUGCAUGAGUUGUUGGUAGCAUUGAAACAGUUGCAGGUGUUAUCCCUGUCAGACUACAGGAAUAUCACUGUUUUGCCGAAUUCUAUUGGCAACUUAAAGCAUUUGCGAUACCUAGAUCUAUCUUCCACUGGAAUUGAAAGGUUGCCUCCUGCAAUAUGCAAGCUCUACAAUCUACAAACCUUGUUGUUGUCUCAUUGUUGCAAUCUUUCUGAGUUGCCUGAGGAGAUGGGAAAAUUGGUGAAUCUACGCUGCCUUGAUAUUGAAGGUACUAAAUUGCAGGAGAUGCCUGUAGAAAUAGCCAAACUAGAAAAUCUGCAAAGUCUGAGUCGUUUUAUUGUCAGCAAACAACAAAAUGGACUGAAGCUUGCAGAAAUGAGAAAAUUUCCCCAUUUACAAGGUAAAGUCUGCAUCUCAAAACUAGAAAAUGUGUUUGAUCCGUCUGAUGCUUGUCAGGCCAAUUUGAAGGAGAAAAAGCAAAUUGAGGAGUUAUCAUUGGAAUGGAGUGAUUCCAUUUUGAAAGACUCCCAUCAAGUUGUACUUGAACAUCUGCAGCCCUCAACAAAUUUGAAGGAAUUGACUGUUAAAUGCUAUGGUGGAACUUGUUUCCCAAAUUGGUUGGGUGAUUCCUCGUUUGGCAACACAGUGAGUUUGAGGAUUGAAGAUUGUCAUCAUUGUUCUUCAUUGCCACCUCUUGGAAGACUACAUAGUCUAAAGGAACUCUUCAUUUCGGGUAUGAAAUCAGUGAAGAGUAUUGGGUCUGAAUUUUAUGGAGGUAAUUCCCCUUCAUUCCAACCGUUUGCCUCCUUGGAAACCUUGAGAUUUGAGUGGAUGGCAGAGUGGGAGGAAUGGAACAUGAUAGAUGGUAUAACUACUGAGUUCCCCCGUCUAUCACACCUAUCUCUGCGUUUCUGUCCGAAGCUGAAAGGAACUUUACCCAGCAAUCUUCCUUGCUUGGUUACACUUGAAGUAAUGUAUUGCUGUGUACUUGAAUCAGAGUUUUCAGGAGAAGUGGAUAACAGAAAUAUAAUGAGACCAUUGAAUCUAUUCAAUUUUAACUCUCUUACCGGAUUAACUCUCAUUCAAAUUACUUCUUUGACGUCUUUCCCGAGCAAUGGUCUGCCCAAAGCAUUAAAGAGACUUUCUAUCAGAUAUUGUAAGAACCUUGAAUUCCCAAGUCAUGAGUUCCUUCAUAGUUGCAAGGCACUUGAGGAACUGGAGAUAUGGGGUAGCUGUUGCUCGCUGACGUCAUUUCCCUUGGGUUCUCUCCCUGUGCUCAAGCGUCUUCAGCUUUGGAAUUGUGAAAAAUUGAAAUCAAUUUCAAUUUUGGAAGAGGCAGCUGCAAGGCAGUCUCUCAUAUUUCUUGAACAUCUCCAAGUAUUUGGUUGUCCUGAACUGGAGUUGAUUUCCCUACUGGAUUUGUGCACUCCUAACCUGAGUUCUUUUGGGGUAAUGAGAUGCGACAAGAUUAAUUCAUUACCAGAACCAAUUAAUAAUCUCAGUGGCCUCCAAAAAUUAUAUCUUUAUGAUGUUCCGAAUUUGGAAUCCAUUGCAGAAGAGGGUUUGCCUAUCAAUUUAAGGAUACUACAUGUCGGCAAUAAAGAAGGGGUUUACAGCAAUACAGAUAUCACCAAGUGGGGCUUGGACCGACUCACUUCUCUUUCAGAAUUGUGGAUUGAAGGUGAGUAUCUGGUUAAGAAGCUGAUGGAAAUAAAAGUGCCUCUGUUGCCCAAUUCUCUCAAGACCCUAUGCAUAAAAGGUGCACGUGAAAUACAACAUUUGGAUGGGAAGUGGCUUCAGCAUCUCACCUCUCUCAAAACUCUCCGGUUGUUUGAAUGUGACAAGCUCAAGUCAUUGCCAAAAGAAGGGCUGCCUUCCUCAAUUUCGCGUCUAGAAAUGAGUGAAUGCCCAAUGUUAAAAGCAAGUUAUGAGAGAAAGAAAGGGAAAGAGUGGCCCAAGAUUGCUCACAUCCCACUCACAAGUCACAAUCUUUGAUUGGUUGGCCACCAAGAAGGAAAGGAAUGAAAAAGCUUCUAAAUGAGGCAACAAACAAGUUCAUCCACACAACCCUUUAAAGAAGCUCAUCAAUUGUGGCAACCCGUCCACCCUGCUCUUCCUUGCAUGCACCGAGGACGGUGCAAUCUUCAAGUGUGGGGAGGUCGUCGACCGAUCUCCAUGGGUAACAAUUUUCUUUUUCAACACCAAUGUUAGUUAGUUAUUGCAUUGCAUGAUAGGUUGCAUGUUAGUUAGAAUUUGUACAUAUUUUUACCAUUCUUUCUUAUUAGGACUACUUGGUUAGGGUGAUGAUGAUUUCCUUUCCAAGAAACUAUUUUAGGGCACCUUGAAAGAAUUUAUUUUGGAACAUGGUUUUUGAGCUAAGAACACACAAGCAUGUGAGCUUUGAGCCUUAUGGUGUGGUUACAUCUUAUAACCACUUGUUUUUCCUUCUUGUGUGCAUUAUUCUCUUCCUAUGAUUGUAAUCUUUGAUUUGUUUGAUUCUUUAUGUCCAUUAUUUUGUGUAUUCAUGCAUUUAUAUGAUUGAGGCCAUCAUUUCGUUAUCUCACUUACCCAAAUGGCCUUACCUUUUAUCUUCCUUUGUUAGCCAAAUUCGAGCCUACGCUUAACCCACUUGUUCUUUAAUUUAGCACAUUACAAGCCUUAAAGCGAAAAAAAAACAAUAAAUGUCCUUAAUUUGGAUCUUUAAUUGGCUUAGGCUAGUGUGUGUGAGUAUCACUCAAGUGUGGGAACUUUGGGAUAUUGGUUGGGAUAAAAGGGUGUUUGUGUUUUGUAUUUUUAUAUUGGGGGAAUUGGUACAUACUCAUGUAUUGAUUAAAUGUAUAGACCUUAUGCAUUGAUGUUCUUGUGUAUAAUUUGAAAGAAAAAAGAAAUAAAAGUGAAAAAGAAAAAGGAAAAGGAAAAAGAAAAUGUAUAUAGAAAAAGAAAGAAAAAGAAAAGCAAUAAAGGGGACAAAAUGCCCCAAAGUGAAGCUCAAUAAGAAUCAAUGCAUAAGUGUUGUGAAAUGAAAAGAAAAUGCAUGAGUAUGUGAAAAAGUGAGGAAUGGGUAGUUAGGUUAGUACUUAAUUGUAUAGGUCAUUAUAUAGGUUAGGUGGGAAAGUUUAAGUUAAUCAAAGAUUCAAAUCCUAAGUCCACUAGCCAUAUAUGAUCCUACCUUGACCCUAGCCCCAUUACAACCUAAAGAAAAGACCUCAUGAUACUUGUAUGCAUGCAUGAAAUAUAUGUUGAUUGUUAGAUGAAAAACGAAUCUUAGAAAGUAUGAUUGGGGGAGAAUUGAGUGAAUCAACCCCAAACACCGAGCGACUAGAGUGCAAACACUUCCGGUGAGGGUUCGAUGCUCAAUUCCAUGAUUCCCGGCUUUCAUAAGCUUUCUUCUUGCAAGUCUAUUUGAACUUCAAUUUUUAUAUUUGAAUUGGUAGGAUUCAUGAAUCGUUAUAUGAUCUUAGCCCUACCCGUUUAUACAUGCACUUGGAGGAUUGAUUUAUUUUUAACCAAGUAGGUAAAACCAUUUUGCAUUUAGUUGCAUAUAGUUUAGGUUGCAUAUAGCUCAUUUACAUAGAAUAGAUGUUGAUGCCCUUUGCUUUCUCUGGCUUAAGCAUGAGGACAUGCUUGGUUUAAGUGUGGGGAGGUUGACAAACCCCAUUUUGACGGUUUAUCUUGUAUUGAUUUUAGGGGAUUUUAUAACCUUUUACCCACAUUUAUCCAUUGAAAUAGCAUGGUUUUAUAACUUCUCCUUUAAUUGUGCUUAAGAAUGGAAACAUGCUUUUUAGGUCUUAAAGUAGCUAAAUCUAAUUCUCCUUGAUUCCAUUAGAUGCCUUGAUAUGUUUGUUAAGUGAUUUAAGGUUUAGGAGGCAAAGAUUGGAUCAAGGGAAUGAAGAAAGAAGCAUGAAAAGUUGGAGAACUCAUGAAGAAAUGAAAGAACCGGAAAGCUGUCAAGCCGACCUCUUCGCACUUAAACGACCAUAACUUGAGCUACAGAGGUCCAAAUGAUGCGGUUCUAGUUGGGUUAGAAAGCUAACAUCCGGGGCUUCGAAACGAUAUAAGAUUUGCCAUAGUUGCAUCGCGCAUAGGGGCGCGCACGCGCACGGUACGCGGACGCGCCGAUGGUGGCACAUGACCCACUUAAUGCAACACAUGGCCAGCGAUUUUAGAAGCCUUGUGGGCCCAAUCCAACUCAUUUCUGAUGCUAUUUAACCCAAGGAGUGAAGAGGGAAACACAUGUUAGUUACCAUUAGCUUAGUUUUAGGAGUUAGAGUUAGUUUCUAGAGAGAGAAGCUCUCACUUCUCUCUAGGAUUAGGAAUUAGGGUUAGAUUAGGAUCUCAUAAUUCUAGGUUUAAUUCAAGUCUCCUUCUACUUCUACCUUCAAGUGGUGAUUGCUACACUUUGGUUCUUCUUUCUAUCCCUAUCCUCUUGUUGUAAUUUCUCUUAUUUUGUUUCUAGGUUUUGUAAUUGAGAUACUCUUGUUCUUUUGUUUUCUUUUAAUAAUGCAAUUUGAGAUAAUUCAUGUGAUUGUGAUGUUGUUGAUUGUUGUUUUGUUAAUUCUUUGUAAUUGUUGGUUGUUGACUCCUUUUUAUUCUUACAAAUAAAAAUGCUUUCUUUCAUUACCCUCCAAGUGUUUGAUGAAAUGCUUGAGAGGAUGUUAGAGUAGGAUUUUAUGUUCUUGGCUUGAGAAGGUAACUUAGGAUUUCUUGAGUCACUAGUGUCCAAUUGAUUGCUAGUUGAUAGCCAUUAACUCUAGCCUUCAUUAAUCCAAUUAGUGAAAAGCUAGGACUUAUGGACUAGGAUUGAUAUAACUCACUUGACUUUCCUUUGUUAAUUGAUUUAAGGAUGACUAAGUGGGAUUAAUCCUUGCAACUACCAUACUUGUGGCUAGUGAUAAUGAUGAAGACCCUUGACAACCAAAUCUUGCCAAGACCAUUUUGUUAAUAAAGUUUUCUUCCCAUUUACUAUUCAUGUUUCUCAUCUAAAACCCCAAAAUAACUCACAACCAAUAACAAGACACUUUAUUGUAAAUCCUAGGGAUAACGACCCGAGGUUUAAAUACUUCGGUUUAUAGAUUUUAGGGGUUUGUACUUGUGACAAACAAAUUUUUGUAUGAAAGGAUUAGCGAUUGGUUUAGAGACUAUACUUGCAACGAGGAUUUGUGAAAUUCUAAACCGUCGAAAAUCCAUUCGUCACCCACUCCCAUGUCAGGUGCCCAUACCACCGCUGGAAGUCUCUGGUACAACCCCCAAUAGGCUCUCCGGCAGUGCGUAGUCCAGUGUG